GGAAGAAAGAGGUGGCUCAGUCCUGAACAGCCGUCAGUUAGCCUUUGAUGUGCCUGACUCCACAGAAGUAUUUACUUUGGGAUUAUGAAAGAGGACAAAAAUACUCUAUUCCAUGCAACUUCACCAGCUAUGUGCACAACACACACACACACACACAGAGAGAGAGAGAGAGAGAGAGAGAGAGAGAGAGAGAGAGAGGGCACACAAUCUAAUCAUUUUGAGAUAUAGAUAUGCAGGUUUAUGUGAGUGCUACAUGAUCUCCCAUGCUAUCACUCAUUCUGUACUUUGUACUUCAUUCUCUUUUGAAAAUGUGUUUAGGUCUCUGCUAUAUUAGAGGUGGCAACUGCUGAGAGUGGCGUGCGUGUGUGUAACAGGACCAAAAAGCUACAAGAAGUCCCAGAGGCAAAAGAAGCGGCAAGCCUUCCGUGACCUGCACCUUUGAAAGGAAGAAUGGGCUGUAGCCAAAACUGUGGCUUGCUGACUGGAGCAGUCAUAGGGGCAGUGCUUGCCAUCCUUGGAGGUGCCUUGAUUCCUCUAGGAAACUAUUUUGUUGAGAAGACAGUAAGAAAGGAAACUAUAAUUGAAAAUGGCACAAUUGCUUAUGAGAACUGGGUUGUGGCUGGGAGUCCAGUCUACAGGCAGUUUUGGAUCUUUGAUGUUCAGAACCCAGAAGAUGUGAAGAAGAAUGGAUCACAACCAAUAGUCAAGCAGAAAGGCCCUUAUACCUACAGGAUGCGCUAUUUAGCCAAAGAAAACAUCACUCACCAUAAUGAUUCCACAGUGUCUUACUUCCAGCCAAAUAUUGCUCAGUUUGUGCCAGAUAUGUCCGUUGGAUCAGAAAAUGACACAUUCACUUUGGUCAACCUUGCUGUUGUGGCAGCACCUGCUUUGUAUCAAGCUGGAUUCAUACAAGCAUUGAUGGAUGUCUUCAUAAAGUCAUCAAAAUCAGAAUUCCUUCAAACCAGAAGUGUAAAAGAAAUACUCUGGGGCUAUGAAGAUCCUUUUUUGAAGAAAAUUCCAUUUCCAGCAGUUGUCAAGAAGGUUGGAGUAUUCUAUCCUUUCAAUGAAACACUUGAUGGGCUCUACAGAGUCUAUACUGGGAGGGAUGACAUGCGUAAAACAGCAAUAAUCCACAGUUAUAAAAACAAAAGUAUGCUUCCAUACUGGGGUGGUCAUUGUGACAUGAUCAAUGGCACAGAUGGGGCUUCAUUUCCUCCCUUUAUUAGCAAGCAUGAAGUGCUGUAUUUCUUUUCUUCUGAUAUUUGCAGGUCCAUCUAUGGCAACUUUGACAGUGAUCAGCUUGUGAAGGACAUUCCACUUUAUCGGUUUAUAGUACCUCCAGACGCUUUUGCAUCCCCACUUGUCACUCCUGGUAACAUCUGUUUCUGCACAGAAAAAGUGAUAUCUAAGAACUGUACAUCAGCUGGAGCACUGGACAUCAGCUCCUGUAAAGAAGGAAAACCUGUGUAUAUUACACUGCCCCACUUCUUAUAUGCAAGUGAAGAUGUUUUUGAAGGUGUUGAAGGAAUGCAGCCAAAUCCACAAGAACAUAUGACCUAUUUGGAUAUAGAACCAACAACAGGAUUUACAUUACAAUUUGCCAAAAGAUUGCAAGUGAAUUUAUUGGUGAAGCCUUCUACUAGAAUUACCCCUUUGAAAAAGAUCAAACAACCCUAUAUCUUUCCGAUUCUGUGGCUGAAUGAGACGGCUGUUAUUGAUGAUCAAAAAGCAGAGUUCUUCCGAUCAAAAGUGACAAAUAAGAUCAGAUUGCUACACCUGGUGGAAGCAGUGCUGAUCAUUGUUGGUGCUGUGAUGUUCCUUGGAUUUCUGGCUUCAUAUUUAAUAUGCAGAGCACAGAAGUCAAAAUAGCUGCUGAUCUCAAGAAAGGGAGCGUAAUGGACUUUCUUGGUGAAAUUCCAAAUAGCAUUGCUGGACUAUACUUUAUAAGUGCAAAUAAUCUGAGGAAGAAUCUCUGCCUCAGCAUGGCAAGUGAAGUGUGAACCUCUUGGCCACUGGAUGGCCAUGACUGUGCCAGAGCCAUUCAAACACCACCAGAAAGACUAGCAUGAAAUUGAAACUUCUGAAGGCCCUGAGCCUCCUAGUCACCUUAGACUUUGAUCCAAUGGAGAUCAGAAUCUGGAAAUCGAGCCUGUGCUGCCAUUUAUAUAACUUGCUGCCACCUCUGCACUGUUUCAUCUCUCCUCAGGAAUUCAAGAAUAGGAGCAGAGGUCAUUGGCCUGAACUGCUUAAGGAGACCCAAGGUUUGGGCCAAGCAAUAUCUUGCUUUUGAAAGUUAUGUGUAAUCCUUUUUCUUCAUCCAGCCUAUUGAAGGAAAGAACCCUUUGAAAUGAAGCUGUUGUUGCUGUCUUCCAGAGAUGUGAAUUUCAAAACAAAUUUGUAAAGACUAAUCAUUGUAAUGUCAGUAAAAGAGUUAUCAAAUGCC